AUGGCAGCACCCAUUAUCCAAUGCAUUGCACAUUCUCCCACAAAACUCAACACAGAAUUUGCACCUGAACCUCCACCCUCCCUUCUUUCUCUCAUACCCAAAUGCACCUCUCUCCGAGAGCUCAAGCAAAUCCAAGCCUACAUCAUCAAAACAGACCUCCAUAACAGCCACACCGUCAUCAAAAAGCUCAUAAAUUUCUGCACUUCUAGCCCCACAACCGCUUCCAUGGACCAUGCCCACAAAAUGUUCGAUCAAAUUCCUCAACCAGACAUUGUUCUUUUCAAUACCAUGGCACGUGGGUAUGCGCGCUUUGAUGACCCUCUCAGAGCAAUUCUUCUUUUUUCUCAGGUUUUGUUCUAUGGCCUCCUUCCAGAUGACUACACUUUCUCCUCCCUUUUCAAGGCCUGUGCAAGGCUCAAGGCGCUUCAGGAAGGUAAACAGCUGCAUUGCCUUGCUGUUAAACUUGGGUUCAGUGCUAAUAUGUAUGUGUGCCCAACUCUUAUUAACAUGUACACUGCCUGCAAUGACAUGAAUGCUGCUAGGAGGGUCUUUGACAAGAUCGAUGAACCGUGUGUCGUUGCGUACAAUGCGAUCAUCACGAGCUGUGCUCGGAGUAGCCAGCCCAAUGAGGCCUUGGCUUUGUUCAGAGAGUUGCAGGAAAGUGGCCUCAAGCCAACUGAUGUCACCAUGCUUCUUGCUCUUUCCUCGUGCGCUUUGCUAGGGGCGUUGGACUUAGGGAGGUGGAUCCACGAGUAUGUCAAGAAGAAUGGGUUUGAUCAAUAUGUUAAGGUGAAUACUGCUCUUAUAGACAUGUAUGCUAAAUGUGGGAGUUUGGAGGAUGCGGUUUCUGUGUUCAGGGAGAUGCCUAGGAGAGACACACAAGCGUGGUCGGCGAUGAUUGUUGGCUAUGCAACCCAUGGGCAUGGAUCCCAAGCCAUAUCAAUGUUGGAGGAAAUGAAGAAGGCAAAAGUGCAGCCAGAUGAGAUAAGCUUUUUAGGUAUAUUGUAUGCCUGCAGUCACAAUGGGUUGGUAGAGGAAGGUUAUGAAUACUUCCAUAGUAUGACUCAUGAGUAUGGGAUUGUUCCAAGUAUCAAGCAUUAUGGGUGUAUGGUGGAUUUGCUUGGCCGAGCUGGACGCCUGGAAGAGGCCUAUAAGUUCAUAGAUGAGUUACCGAUCAAGCCGACACCAAUUCUGUGGCGGACAUUGCUAUCUUCUUGUAGCAGUCAUGGUAAUGUUGAAAUGGCAAAGCAAGUAAUUGAGAGAAUCUUUGAGCUGGAUGAUUCCCAUGGUGGGGAUUAUGUCAUUUUGUCAAAUUUGUGUGCAAGAAAUGGAAGAUGGGAUGAUGUGAAUCACCUAAGGAAAACGAUGACAGACAAAGGAGCAGUGAAAGUCCCUGGUUGUAGCUCAAUAGAGGUCAAUAAUGUUGUCCACGAAUUCUUCGCCGGGGAUGGAGUUCAUUCCAAGUCAACCGUAUUGCACCAUGCACUUGAUGAAUUAGUGAAGGAAUUGAAGCUGGCUGGGUAUGUACCUGACACAUCUCUGGUCUUUUAUGCAGACAUAGAAGAUGAAGAGAAAGAAAUUGUUAUUAGAUAUCACAGUGAAAAACUGGCCAUAACUUAUGGUCUUCUGAAUACUACCCCUGGAACAACAAUUCGUGUGGUCAAGAAUCUUAGAGUCUGUGUGGAUUGCCACAACGCUGCUAAAUUUAUUUCAUUGAUCUUUGGUAGGCAAAUUAUUCUGAGAGAUGUUCAGCGAUUUCAUCAUUUUAAAGAUGGGGAAUGCUCCUGUGGGGAUUACUGGUAG